AUGCCGUACGUGGGUGCGCCCCACAACAAACACCGGUUUGAAGCUUUUAAGGAAAAGCUAUCGAUGAGCAAACCAAGCAGAGACAAUAAGCUAAAAGAUGACUCUUCCAGCCCGUCUCGAGAGGUUUUAGAGAUAAAUCCUGUUCCUCGACCAGAAAACUCGGCAACAGUUGAACGUGGCGAAGCGACUGUAACUCCAGAAUCAGUUUCAGCUCACGGUGGAGCUCCCAGCCCGCAGCCAGAAACUUCAAGCUCACUUUCCAACAGCGAGAUAGACUUUAAAGAGCUAUUGACAUUUCCUAACGAGUCUACACAUGCCUAUUCGUACAAUCCCCUGUCGCCAAACUCACUAGCGGUAAGACUGCGAAUCUUAAAGCGGUCCUUGGAAAUCAUGAUCCGCAACCCUGGCUUGCUGCUGGAACACCAUUCUAAUCAUAGUUCUCAGGUCGGGACACCUAAUGGCAGUCGCCAGGACUUCGACUGGAUUAACCCCAAUAGCAUAAAGCUACCCGAGCGACCCAGUAUACCGAGGAGCUACAGUCAGGAUGGAGCGAAACCACUCUCUGCCUCGAGACUGAGAAACGCUUCUUCUGCUGCUCUUACGGCCCUCGUGUCCAACGCAAAAGGCUCUCUCGCAACCCGUCAAUCACCUGGCAGACGCUCUGGACCAUUUCAACCCUCGGCACUGGGCUCCAGACCCUCCACUGCUUACAAAAAAGUACUACCAAAGCAUGAUCAACUCCCGCAUCCACAGCCAGAGAAAUUUUCUAUAGACUCUGCCUCUCAACUUGAUCGCGGAGAUGGUGAGACACCAAGCGAGAAAGAAUGCCAUGAAAGCAACGAAUUUCUCGAAGCUAAAAACGAACUAAAGAGUUUGCUUGCGCUGCUUAAUGAUGCGUUAGAAAACAAUGGUGCAGAGAAGGCCUCAGACCUUCACAUGAUAUCUCUUUUGAACUUCAGCAAACUCUCCCUGGAUGUGGAGCAAGAGGACAAGAGCGACCAAGAUUCUGGUGAGCGUAGUCUAAAACACGAGGACACUCUUAAAAGAAAUUUACUGGAAAGCUUAGCGCAGCCCUUUUUCGAAAAUUCAAAUGCUUCAGAGUAUGCAGUGGAAGCGGAAAAAAUCUUGGACUUAGAUGUGGAUACUUCCUCUAUCGAUGAUAAUUCUUUCUCCAAUAUGAGGAGCACAUCAGUAAGCACCAGGCUCAUUCACACUUCUUUCUCUAGCAAAAACUCCUCACCCCAGGCAAUCUUCACCUGCUUAGAGCAGUACCCGUGGCAGUUCAAAUCCGCGAACGAUCUUGCCUGUCUGACAUUUGGAAUAUCUCAAAAUGCGCUGCGUGCUCUGACGUUACUUGAUCUUAUUCACAGUGAUAGCCGAAACUUCGUGCUGAACAAAAUUAUGUCCACUGAUAACCACGAGCAAGUUUUCACGGGAGAAAUUGUAGCCAUCAUACAGCCAGGUGAGUCGUCCUCUGACCUGGUGUGGUCAUCCGUUUGGGCAAAAAGACGAAACGGUUUAAUCUUUUGUGUUUUCGAGAAGGUUCCCUGUGAUUUCAUGGAUGUGCUUUUGAAUUUAGAUGAUUUCUCUGUUGACCACAUUGCAGGUGGUGCUGGCUUAAAAGGUUCGAAACAAAAUACAGGCAACAGUGAACAAAGAAAUGAAGCCGGGGAAAAGGGUUCAAAGAAAAGUGUCAAAUUCCCUAAUGAAAUACAUGAUAUCGACGACUUGAGCCAUUCGCUUAAAAAACUAUUAACUGGUGUCGAAAAUGGAGCAAUACCAGUCAAUGAUGGUGAUCUUUUGCCAACUCCGAUAAAAGUUUCGAACGCUAUAAAUGAAGUCCGUUAUUUUACACUCAACCACCUUUCUUCGAAUAUACCUUGCGCAAUAUCUUCAUCCAUUCUGGAAAAUGAAAUCAAGCUCAAGAUUCAUAGCUUACCUUACCAGGCUGGUAUCUUUUUUAUCAACUCAAAGGAAUUCUGUUUGGUGAGUUUCAAUAAAUCAGUUGCCAAAAAUAUGUUCGGACUCCACGCUUCUGAGUUGGUAGGAAAAAAGAUGUCUACCAUCAUUCCCUCUUUCAGUAACAUGAUAAACUUUAUCAAGCUGAAGUAUCCCCGGUUAGAUAUCCUUCUGCCCAAAAACAGGGGUCUGGUCCUCACUGAGCACUUUUUUAGGAAAAUUCAAGCUGAGAUGAAUCACAAGGAGGAAAGCUAUUUCAAUUCCAUUGGAAUCGACGCUGUUCACAGGGAUGGCUGUGUCCUGAAAGUUGAUAUUCAGUUACGAGUGAUAAACCAAACGACGUCUUUGCUGUGGAUUACCCAUUCCAGAGAUGUCGUGUUCGAGAACUAUAAAACUACCCCAUCACAACUGCCUAUGCUUAAGGAAAGCGAGCUAGCACUUGUAGGUAGUGGUUCAACUUCCCGAGGCUCUUUAAAAACACCUAGUGGGAGACCUCAUGUCGAUGAGCUGCCUUCCCUUAAAGACAGUCUCAAGCUGGACGGUAGUACUGUCGGCUCCUUCGAGAACGCCAGUUACCAGUCGGAAGGAAGCGUUGCAGAAUCCCCUGACACACCUACUGAUGAAUCGAGCCAUGAUAGCGGGAGUAAAUUAGAACUGAAGAAAUUGAACGACGAAAUCCAGGUCAAACUCGAUAUUACGAAAAGUUAUGGUCAGGAUAAAACGCUAUUUUUUAAAGACAACAAUUUCAGAUUGAAUGAGGAUCUCAUUUUAUCUUUGACAGCUAACUCGACCGAGGGUGGUGAGAAGGUUGGGGAAAUGUUCAUGAAGGAAGAGAUUGCUGAGGGCCGUGGUGUAGGCUCUACACAGACAUUUGUCACGGAGCCGGCGACUAAUAUAGGAAGUCUCAAACAUGUCAAGAAGUUUUCGGACUUUGCAGUAUUGCAAAAAAUGGGGGAGGGCGCAUAUGGUAAAGUGGAUUUGUGCAUGCAUAAGAAAGACGGGUAUAUCGUGGUGAUCAAGUUGAUUUUCAAAGAAAGGAUUCUGGUUGACACAUGGGUCCGGGACCGGAAGUUGGGAACAAUACCCUCUGAAAUUCAGAUAAUGGCUACGCUCAAUGCCAAACCGCACGAGAACAUUUUGAAACUACUGGACUUUUUCGAGGACGACGACUACUACUACAUUGAAACACCGGUUCAUGGACUGAGUGGCUCUAUUGAUUUGUUCGAUCUGAUCGAACUGAAGACAGACAUGACGGAACAUGAAGCGAGACUGAUUUUCAAACAGAUCGUUUCUGGCAUCAAGCAUUUGCACGAUAACGGGAUUGUGCAUCGGGAUAUUAAGGACGAAAACGUCAUUGUUGAAAGUAACGGUUUCGUGAAAAUUGUGGAUUUUGGAUCAGCUGCUUACAUCAAGAGCGGUCCCUUUGACGUGUUCGUAGGAACCAUUGACUAUGCGGCACCAGAAGUCUUGGGAGGAGAACCUUAUGAAGGCAAGCCUCAAGAUAUCUGGGCUAUUGGUAUUUUACUCUACACCAUUAUUUUCAAAGAGAAUCCGUUCUAUAAUAUUGACGAGAUUUUGGACUCGGACUUGAGAAUAAACCCCAGUCGAAGGGUAAGUGACGAUUGUGUCAGUCUGAUUCGGAAGAUUCUUAAUAGAUCAGUUGGCAAGAGGCCCUCCAUCGAGGAGAUUUGCAACGACAAAUGGCUUGAAAUAUGA